AUGGACGACGUCCUCGAGCUCCACGUCUGGGGCGCUGCAUUUGGCCUCCCCUCCAUCGACGCCGAGUGUCUGGCCGCCAUCGCCUACCUGCACACCGCCCUCCCAAGCUCACAAUGGCGUCUGGUCCCGAGCAAUGACCCUGCCGUCCACUCAUCAAACCGUCUACCGGCCCUUAAGGCCAACGGCGUCUGGGUAACGGGCUACGCCUCCAUCGCGGCCCACCUCGCCUCCCUCGCACCACACUCCCCCUCCUGGGACCUGGACCUCGACUCGCGCCUCACCCCGUCCCAGCGCGCAGACGCCUACGCCUACGGCGCCUACGUCGAGUCCGCCCUCGCGCCCUUGCUCGACGCCGCCCUCUACGGCACCCACGAGAACUGGGUCGCCGUCACCCGCCCCGCCCUGAGCCACCUUCUCGGGUUCCCCCUGAGCUGGACCGUCCCCGUCAUGAUCCGGAAUCAAGCCACGGCCCGGUGCGCCCACCUCGGCCUCGACUCGCUCGGCGCCGAGGAAGACGACGAAGAUGGAGACGACGCCGCCGUGCCCAGAAACCGCGCCCUCGACCGCGCGAUGAAGCACCUCCCCGUCUCCAACAAGAAGACGGUGCUCGAGGAGAUGAAGGCCGGCACGGCGCGGGGCAUCAGGCUCCACGCCAUCACCGUCGACGCCCUCUCCCCCCUCGAAGCCCUCCGCGCACGGGGCGAGGAUUCACUGGGCGAGAAGAAGCGCUUCUUUGGCGGCGAGGUCCCCACGUCCCUCGACUGUCUCCUCGUCGGCUACCUCGCCCUCAUCCAGCAGGUGGUCGACCUCCCGCAGUCCUGGCUCCCGACCAUCCUCACCAAGAAAUUCCCCCACCUCGCCGCCAUGGCCACGGACCUUCGCGACGAGUGCCUCACGAACCCGGGCAACCCCCUCCCCUGGACAGCCGCACCUUCAUCAUCGCUCCGUACCGCGGCACGCUUCCUCGACAACAUCGUGCAGGCGACGCCAAACCUCGGCGAGGCAUACCUCCACGAGUGGCGGCGGCGGGCCGAGACCAAGGCCAAGGGAGCCUCGGCGGACCGGAGGACGCUCGCGCUCGCGGGCGGGGUGUUGGUCGCCGGAUCAGCGAUCGCGUACGGCGUGUGGACGUAUAAGAGUUUGCCGCCGUGGGGCUUGCGGACGCAGACGUGGGUGGCGGAGAAGAAGGGGCUGGGUAGGUUUGGCGAUUUGGGCGAGAUGCUCAACUUUUCGCUGGGACUCGCGGAUCCGGUGCCGCAGGCGAGUCCGGCUGCCGGAUGGGGUUCAGAGCAUAGAUAUGUCGAGUCUGAAUUGGCUGUCGACUAA